AUGCUUCCAACUUUUAUGGAGACAUGCAUUCCGACGCAAAAUGUUGAGCAGACAUGUUCUGCAUGUUCACCAAUCUACGAUGCCACGUGUCAAGGUGAGAAUCUACCAAGCCCAUCAAUGUACUGCUUGACGGAUAGCGAAGUUCCGGUAGCAUACACCCGAGGCUUUUGCUCAACAUGCGGAGUAUCUGAUGCCUGCAUGUUAUCACUGGGAUGUCCAUCAGGAACUGCGGCUAGAUUGGAUACUGGAUCUGGAGAUGUGAACGGAAACUCGGAUGGCUCUCCAACACUUCUCUACUGCGAUGAGUCUUCUCCAAGUUGGUACGCAGUUAUUGAUAGUGUAACACAACCAUUAUCAAAUGCUGCAUGCAGAUAUCCAUAG